AUGCGCUCCAAGUUCAAGGACGAGCACCCCUUCGAGAAGCGUAAGGCUGAGGCCGAGCGCAUCCGCCAGAAGUACAACGACCGCAUUCCCGUCAUCUGCGAGAAGGUCGAGAAGUCGGACAUCGCGACCAUCGACAAGAAGAAGUACCUCGUCCCCGCAGACCUCACAGUUGGCCAGUUCGUCUACGUGAUCCGCAAGAGGAUCAAGCUUUCUCCGGAGAAGGCCAUCUUCAUCUUUGUCGACGAGGUGCUUCCCCCGACCGCCGCGCUCAUGUCCUCUAUAUACGAGGAGCACAAGGACGAGGACGGCUUCCUGUACAUCACCUACUCGGGUGAGAACACCUUCGGCGAAUCGUCUUGA